AUGUUUUGUGCAAUUUCUGGUGAAGCUCCGCGAGAGCCAGUAGUGUCCAUCAAAUCAGGUCUGCUGUUUGAAAAGAGUCUUAUUUUAAAGCAUAUUGCAGACUGUGGUACUGAUCCUGAAAACAACGAGCCUUUGACAGUCGAUGAUUUAAUCUCUGUCAAGUCUGCUAGCAAGGUAAUCAAACCAAGACCUCCUGUUGCCACAUCUAUCCCAACAUUACUGCUUACUCUUCAAAACGAAUGGGACUCGGUCAUGCUCGAGACUCAUCAGCUGAAACAGCACUACCACUCCACUCGUCUUGAGCUGGCAAAUGCUCUAUACGAAUACGAUGCUGCUAAACGUGUUAUUGCCCGCUUGAUCAAGGAAAGAGACGAUGCUCGAUCUACUCUCUCCCAGUUCAAAGCUAGUCAUGGCACUUCUCAGUCAAACGGACAUGCUGUUGCUUCCGAUAAUACUACUGCAGAUGUAGACAUGGCUCCUGUUACCGAAUCUGCUUUACCUGAAGCUAUGGUUCAAACAAUCAACAAGACAUCUGAAGAACUGUCCCAAACUCGACGGAAGCGCAAAGCACCCGAAACUCUGGCUACAAUCGAAGAGAUUGCUUCCAUGACUGAGAUUGCUGAAAAUACCUCUAUACACACUGCUAAAGAGCCCACCAGUCUUUCUCUCGAUUUGUUUACCGCUGAUAUUGACGGAAACAGUAUUUCUUGGGCACUUUUGGCUGGAAAGGACGGCUCAGUGUAUAUCCUUGAUGCUUCUAACAAGUGCGAAUCGGAAAUUUCACAUGCUAAAGCUCACUCCAAACCAGUGACCUGCGCUGUAUGGAGAGGUGCUUCUAAAAAGUCCUUUAUCACCACGAGUUUUGAUCAUACAGUUAAACUAUGGAAUGUCGACCGUGUCAAAAACAGCUACAAGAUUAAAAGCGCUAUUGUGUUUGAUGCACAUAAAGAUCGGGCUACUAUGGUAUCGGUUCAUCCAUCCGGAGAAUUUGCUAUUUCUGUAGGAAUGGAUUCCAUCUGGGCUAUUUUAGAUCUAGAUAGUGGCAAGAUUGUUGCCUCUGUGUCCCAUCCCGAAAUUACUUCUGGUUACACUACUGUCCAGUUUCAUCCUGAUGGAUUUCUUCUUGGAACUGGAACAAAUGACUCACUGAUUCAUCUUUGGGAUACAAAGACGCUUACAAAGGCACACACAUUCACUGGACAUUUAGAUGGCACUAUUACUAGCAUUGCCUUUUCUGAAAACGGAUAUUAUCUUGCUUCAACCUCGGACAAGGAAACAUGUGUGCGUUUUUGGGAUCUUCGCAAACUAACAAACUUUUACACUUUGGAGUUGGGUCCUAUUGAGGGUGUAACUGGUAUAGCUCGUGUUCGCUUUGACCAUAGCGGACAGUAUGUUGGCAUCUGUGUUGGCAAUGAGCUCAGAAUUCAUCUUGUAAAGAAAUGGGAUCAUGUAGCUACAUUUACAAACAAUGGUGCGUCACUAACCGACUUUGCCUUUGGCGUGGAUGCAAAAUAUGUGGUAAUGGUUGGACAAGAGCGAAAAUUGAGCUUCUUUUCAAAUGCAGAAUAAAUCGUCACUGAUUAAUAUGGAUUACCAAAUGAAACUUUAUCAGUUUGA